AUGGGUACCUCCAAUAUCUCACUGUCGAAGGAUGUCCCUGUUUACCCCUUGGACUACUCUGGAAUACCUGAGCGUCUCGUCACAAAAGUUGCCCGAGAGAGAGAUCGGCUUUCCAAAAAUCAGACCAAAGGCCGAACUAGCGAGAGGAAGAGGGGGAUUGCGAUACCGCAAGGCGUGAGCAAAGACCAGUUUUUCAAAGCUGUUGAAGAGCUCUCGGGAUUUAUUGGUGAAGCCAAUGUGAAGAUCAACGAUCAGCCGCUUGAGGAUGGAUGGUACAUGGAGCAUCCGAAUACCCACGAUGCUUUUAUGAUCCUUGACGGCGAAGAGACUGUAUCUUCCGCCGCCGUAUACCCGGGAAGUGUCCAAGAAGUACAAACUGUGGUUAAGUGGGCCAACAAGCAUUUGAUCCCCAUUUACCCAAUAUCAAUGGGUAGAAACUUGGGAUACGGUGGUGCGGCACCAAGAGUACGUGGCUCCGUUGUCGUCGACCUCGGAAGACGUAUGAAUAAGAUCCUGGACAUCAAUCCUGAUGAUUGUACUUGCCUCGUUGAGCCAGGAGUUUCUUUCUAUGCCUUAUACGAAGAAAUUCGCAAGCGAGGCUACAAGGUAUGGAUUGACUGUCCCGAUCUCGGCGGGGGAUCAAUUCUGGGAAAUACUCUCGAUCGUGGUGUCGGCUACACCCCAUAUGGUGAUCAUUGGGGAGUUCACUCUGGAUUGGAGGUGGUACUUCCCACGGGGGAGCUCUUCAGAACUGGAAUGGGGGCUUUGCCAGGUAACAACACCUGGCAGACCUUCCCCUACGGCUUUGGCCCUAUGUCAGAUGGACUGUUCUCGCAAUCCAACUUCGGUGUUGUGACCAAGAUAGGUAUGGCUCUUAUGCCUGAUCCUGGUGAGCACGAGAGCUUCAUGUACACUUUCCAAGAAGAGGAUGACCUCCAGCUGCUUGUCGAGAUCAUCCGUCCCCUUCGGAUUGCCAACAUUCUUGAAAACGUGGCGCAGAUCCGUCAUAGUAUCAUCGAAGUUGCAGUCGGUGGGGGGUCUCGCAAAGAGUUUUACGAUGGAAAGGGUGCUAUCCCAGAUAAUGUUCUGCAGAAGCAUCUAGAGUCGACGCCACUGGGUCGAUGCACUUGGAUUUACUAUGGCACGAACUACGGACCCAAGCAAAUCCGACAGUACAAGCUCGACAUUAUUCACAAAGAAUUCAUGAGGGUGCCUGGCGCUCGGCGAAUCGAUCCGGAUUCCCUGCCGAAAGACCACUACUUCUGGUCUCGAGAUCGAAUUGCUUCGGGAGAACCCGACUUCGAGGAACUGUCCUAUCUUAAUUGGGUUCCAAAUGGAGCUCAUAUGGGCUUCAGUCCAAUAUCUCCAACUCGAGGCCCUGAUGCGCUAAAGUUGUGGAAGAUUGCCAAAGAGCGCCACCACCAACAUGACAUCGAUAUGUUUCUGGCAUUUGUGGUUGGACUCAGAGAACUGCAUAUGAUUGUGCUUGUUAUCUGGGAUCGAGACGACCCUGAAAGAAGAAAGGCGGUGGACAGGUGUAUGCGGCAAAUGAUUGAUGAUUGUGCAAAACAGGGCUACGGAGAAUAUCGAACACAUAUUCUCUUCCAGGACCAGGUUGCCGCCACCUACAACUGGAACGAUGGCGCGUUGAUGAAGUUCAACGAGAAGCUAAAGGACGCCCUCGACCCCAACGGUAUCAUGGCUCCGGGAAGGUGCGGCAUAUGGCCUGCCCGGUACCGGGGCCGCGGGUGGGAAAUUGGAAAAGAAGGUAGGGACACGUAUGAAGGAGACGGUGUUCAUCCUCCCACUGGGAGCAUACAGAUGUGA